AAAAUAUAGAAAGAAAAUCAAAUAAAAUAAUUGAUAACAUGUUGUGUAACAGUGUAGUCGUACCACCCAACCUAGCUGUAACUUUGGUGUAUUAAAUAUUGCGCAUCUCCUUCCUUAUAUAUUUCUCUCUAUUACCAUCUUCUUGCUCCUAACUUCAUAUUUUUCAAGAAAACGAGAUACAGUAGCGCUCUCUUCGCACUACAGCCUUGACCAUAUGGAUGAUCCAAAGGAGAACAAGAACUCGCCAUGGCUAUCAGUACCACAGUUUGGAGACUGGGAUCAGAAAGGAGGAACCAUUCCUGACUACUCAAUGGAUUUCACAAAGAUCAGAGAGAUGAGGAAACAGAACAAGAGAGAUCCUUCUCGAGCCAGUCUUGGCAACGAAGAAGACCUCAUUAACCCUUUUCAUAACCAACCUACUUCAGUUGGUAAUACUAAGCCUAAACUCACGACUGUUCAUAGCGACAACAACAGAACCAACACUGAAUUCUCUCACCACCAGCCACUUUCUCCAUCUACGAGGAGAGGAAUCUUCAGCUGCUUCAACUGCUGCGUUAAAGCUUGAAAAUCUUUUAUAAUAGAGACGAUGAGGAAUCUCCAUGAGAUGUUCUUCAGAUGUUUCGAUUAUUUAUAAUAAUGAAGACACAAAUGAAAUGAGAAAUGGUAGAGUGUGACACCAUUACACUUAUAUUUUUCUGCGGAAGCAGUAAAGUGUUAAUCAAGUUUGUCUGCUGUUUACUGUUAUCUUCUAAUGUCUAACUAUGUUUUUGGUAUUAAUUUGAAGUGUAGUUUUAACUUUUAAGUCUCUCCUUUCUAUUUUGUUGUAAUUUUCGUUUUGUUUGGAGAUUGAUAAGUUUUCAGUAUUGUGUAAUGCAGAGUAUACUAGUGUUUGCUUAUCUCAA